ACCAGGAUUAAAGUCAAGAGCAAAAUGUCCCACGAAAAAAACCAUAAGGACGAAGAGGGAGAGAAAGAAGAGAUUACCUGUCAGCCUGUCCCUCCUCCCCACACUUCUGAUGCCAUGGAGAUGGUGAUGUCAAUGAGAAGGCAGGACCUGGUGUGCAUAGUGUGCUUUGGUAGCUAUGACCUAGUAACCCGGUUGCCACGACGACUACACUGUGGCCAUGCCUUCUGCCAGGCAUGUCUGAAGAGACUGGAUACAGUCAUUAAUGAACAGGUGUGGAUCCCAUGUCCUCAGUGUCGACAGAACACGCCUCGGCCCAGAGGAGGAGCAGCGGGUCUGGACCUGGAUCUGGCGUCUUUCCUGGGAGUGAAGGCCCAGCAGACCUGCACCUCCUCCUGUUCCUUGUCCUCCUGGAGGUCCAGCUGUAGGGAAGGACCGCCAGCUGGAGACACAGGCCGGGAUGGUAAGCUGUGGCUGGCGAAGGAGGUCACAGAUGAAAACUGGUCACAUGGAGGCUUGGCUGAGCCGCGCUUCCAUCGCUAUGGCAACUGCUGCCCGCCUCUAUCCUAUUGGUUGUGCUGCUUUUUCUGCUGUCCGGGGCGGGGCUAA